AUGACAAUGACCAAAAGCCAAUGUGUCAUUGCGCCAGGAAACUACUGCGAGUAUCCAGAAGAAAGCUUAUGGUAUCCCUCGGUUGCUGAGAAGCUAAGAGAAGCUACAAAGGAAGGACAACCGGUUUUCUCCAAAGUGAUCUUACAACAGUUUCCAGAUUGGACGGUGGGCAAAGAAUCGGUAUGGAUCCCUUUUCUUGAAAAAGAACUGAAAAUCGGCGCGAAUGAUGUUAUUAUUGGGCACAGUACUGGAGCCAUUGCGGCUAUGCGUUACGCAGAGACACACAAAGUGAAGGGAAUCGUGCUUGCCAGCGGCUAUCACACCGAUUUGGGAGUUCCAAGCGAAAUCGAAGCUGAGUACUUUUCUCGUCCGUGGAAUUUCCAAGCCAUUCGGGAUAAUUGUACAUUCAUCCUACAAUACGCUUCCCCCGAUGAUCAGCUAGUGCCCAUUGCCGAACAAAGAUUUGUAGCGCAACAGCUGCAGUCAGAAUACUAUGAAUUACCCGGUCUUGGCCAUUUCGUCGAGAAUGAGGAAUUCGAUGAACUCGUUGAAGAAUUACUGAAAAAACUAUGA